GCACCCCGCGCCGGCCCAGGCGGGGACACGAGGCGCGCGGUGCAUGCCGGUUUGCUGCGCGCCAGGCGGCCCCGCGGCCGGGAAGGGGAGGAGCGGCAGCGGCGGCAGCAGGAGCCGCAUGACAGCCCCAGCGGGCAGUCUUUUGUUCCAAUCCAGGACUGUAGACAUGGAUUUUCUAUGGGUUGGCGCCUUUGUGUUCCUCCUAGUAUUGUCCAAGGGCAACUCUUCAGACACAGAGAAGCAGAGGACAGACUCUGGCUUGGAAAUCUAUAAGAAGCUGUUUGAAGUGAAGCGCAAGGACCAGAUGAAUGCACUGAAGAACCUGAUCGAGCUCAAUGAUGUGAACCAACAAUAUAAAAUCAUUGACAUCAUGCUGAAGGGGCUCUUUAAAGUGCUGGAAGACUCGCGGGCAGUCCUUAUAGCUGCAGAUGUGCCCCCCGAUGGGCCCUUCCCUCAGGAUGAGAAGCUAAAGGAAGCAUAUUCCCAUGUGGUGGAAAACACUGCCUUUUUUGGAGAUGUGGUUCUACGCUUCCCCAAGAUCGUGCACCAUUACUUCGAUCGCAACUCCAACUGGAACAACCUGAUCCGCUGGGGGAUCAGCUUCUGCAACCUGACGGGAGUGUUUGACCAGGGUCCCCAUUCCCAAGUGCUCGGACUGAUGGCUCAGGAGCUGGGAAUUAGUGAGAAAUCUCCAGAUUACCGGAAUCCCUUCAAAACUGACCAUUCUGAGUUUUUUCCUGGUGCGGACACAUUCCAGAAGGCCCUCCGAGAGGAAGAGAAACGCAGAAAGAAAGAAGAGAAAAGGAAGGAAAUCCGCAAGGGGCCCCGGAUUUCACGCUCGCAGUCUGAGUUGUAAUGAUGGGACCCACCUCAUCACUGGGACCCCUGCUGGCGGGAGAUGCAGCAAGUGGAAGUGGAGUGUCUUACCCCCUCAGCAGCCUCAGGAAAAGGCCGGGCAGUUUACCUUUCAUCUGUGCAGUGAUUUUUUAUUUUUCUUUUUUUUCCAUGGUAUAUCAGUAAGGACUGGACUGAAUCCUGACAAGGAACUGGGUGGAAAUCCUGGCCUUUCAGUGCAACCCCUGUGAGAAAGCUCUUUGUAUAAACUGGAAUACAGAGAGUCUGGCAGAGAAUGUUUGUUGUGUGCGCCCGAGGGAUUUGCUGAUGCUAAAGGUGCGAACCUGUGGAGUUGGGAUGGGACUAUACUGGUACUUGCUCCCUUGAGCCAUAACAUGGAGGGCAAGACCCCAGGACUGUGGUGUGAGCUACGUAGUUAUACCUGAUAUCUGCCUCUCUGGAGAGUGGGAAUGCAUAACAAGGUGUGUGGUGGGACCAGAUCCCCAUCUGCUUCAUGGACCUUCCAUUCCUGGAGAAAUGUAACGCAUUUGUAAAUGUUAAACAACCCCUGUCUCCCCCAGGAAAAGGGGGGCCAGCAGUGGACCAAGUGGCUUUAAAGGCAGCAUUGAUUUUGUGUACGUUAGUUAGCUAACAAGUUCCUCCCCCUCCAGUUACACUAAAUCUCUGUGUUGUUGCACUCUCCCUCAGCCAACCAGACCUCUCAUCUCCAAGUGGCUGUUUUAUUAAACAGAGCUUAUUUUUAUAAGGCCAUCGUCUGAUUUGGAUUUGAGAGAGCCAACACAGCUGAUUCUAAAUCCACAUUGUGUGAAGGAGCCUGUGUUCGCAGAGCUGCUGCUAGGGGAAGGUUUCCGAGAAGGGUGGGGAUGGAAGGGAGUGGGAUGCUGCCAGGUUGGCAAGGACAGGCUGAGAGGGCUCACAGGAGGGUAUUGUCAUCAUUAGGUGUCCAAUCAAAAGAUCGGAGUAAAGAUUAAGCAUGGACUUUUAAAAACAAAGGCAGCUUUUGAUAUUGGUGACUAGUGAGGAAUCAAUUUGGGUUUCAAGUCUCAACCCAAUCCAUGGCAGAGGGGUGCCCACAUCACACACAAUAUUGCCACUGGUAUACAGGGGUGCUCUGGCCAAAAAAGCCAGAGGAAUAAGCUCUGGAGACAGAACUCUUUUCUCACAGUACCUCUGGAGAGCCCCUCAGGCUCUGAGUCUGAGUCACUUUGCUGGGGAGGCAAGGGGAAGUUUUAUGUGAAAUGUAAUAAAAGCUGAAGAGGGGGUUUCUGUCUCCAUGGCUGCUGCUUUGACAUCUUGCACUCUCCAUAUGUUUUGGGUUGUGGGUUUUUUGGGUUUUCUUUUUUUCUUUUUGAAAACGUUUUAUUUUAAUGGAACAAAAUAAAAGAUACCAGCCCACACUAUCACCAGGGUGGGAAACUCUUCUGCUGUGGAAGUGCUGGGAAGAAAUGGAAGCUAAUGACUGUACUUUAAAACACUGGCUCUUUGCUUUGGAUCAAGCAACUGAUGGUUGAUGUCACCAGCUGAUCAGAGGGACCAGGAGUGCGCUGUUACCAACCAACGACCUUGCUUGCUCUGGAACAAGCCUGUUCUUUUGGUCAUCCAGCCGUUUUGUGCAGUUAAGCACUCUAGAAAAUAGCUGGUUUCUACCCCAUGUUCACAUUCUCUUUCAUUAGUGAGGCAAAGGUUUGCCACCCACUCUAGUCCAAAUCCAGUGCUGGUUGCCAGUGAAAUGAUUUUGGUGGAUCUCCACCAUGCCCUCAGCGGACAUUCAUGUACAGCACAAAAUCACCACACAAUUUGGCAUAAGUGGUAACUGCUGCUUGGAGUCUUAGGACUGGAACAGCAAAGGAAUAUAGGGCGCAUAGGUCAGGAACUGAGGGAGCUGCAUCUGAGGAACGUCCGCCUGCUUCCAGCUAGUGCAAUAUGCCUUCACUAGCUCAAGCACUAGAGCCCAACAAAGUCACUCUCUUCAUCCAGGUCUGGACUUUUUUUUGUUGUAUUUUGAGUCGCUGAUUGAAUCGCACAGCCCUAGACCCUAGGUCCUUCUUGCCAAGGGAUCAUCCUCCUGUGGGGCAGGAGGGAUUCCAUUGUGUGAAACUAAUCUGACUUGUUGCCUUCAGACUAUUCUGCAGGCCAGAGAUGGGAAAUGUUCUCUAUUUUUAAAGACCGAAUAGUCAGUGACAUUUUGUUUUUUUGACAUCCAUUGAAAUGGAAAACAUUUUUUUUCCUUGAAUAAAUUUGAAUUUUUAAAAAUCAAA